AUGUCGGCAACAAACAUUUCUGCUUACCUGGUAUAUUUACGAUAUUUUGCAAUAUGUUUUUUGUUACCAUCUGCCACAGCAAAUGAAAAUGUAUCUUGUGAAAUUUUUAUUCUCACUGCAUUCCAAGAAUUUGGGAACAAAAAAGACACAUAUUUCUGGCUUUCCCUUAUAGGCUAUUUGCUAAUAAUAUUUGUAAAUGUAUCGUUAAUUAUUUUAAUAUACCAAGAAAAAAAACUCCAUGAGCCCAUGUAUAUUUUUCUUUGUAAUCUGCUUUUUUCAUUUGCUUCAAUAGAAUUUCUUACAGUUCCUCCACUUUUAAAUCCAUUAAUAUACGGCUUGAUAUUGCCUGAAAUACGCAAAAGGGUUGUGUAUCUAUUUUCAAGGAGAAAAAAACAGUUUGCAUGA